AUGCCUCAGAACUGCAUAGCACCAAGGCCUGAAGAUAAUAGCGAAGUCAUAGUACAAGGUUUCACUGAUAUGUCAGAAACACAGAGCAAAUCUGUGCUAGCCUUCCCCGUGGUCCCUUCACAACCUGGUCUCCAGCUUUCUAUGUACCCCAUAACUCUCAAGUUUGAGGAGGUUGUAUACAAAGUUAAGAUAGAGCAGACAAGUCAAUGUUUGGGAUCAUGGAGUUGCAAAGAGAAGACGAUUCUAAACGGUAUAACAGGGAUGGUCUGUCCAGGAGAGAUUCUAGCCAUGUUAGGUCCAUCAGGGAGUGGCAAAACCACUCUUCUCUCAGCUCUCGGAGGCCGCCUCUCCAGAACUUUCUCUGGUAAAGUCAUGUACAACGGUCAGCCUUUCUCUGGCUCCAUCAAGCGGAGAACAGGGUUCGUUGCUCAAGAUGAUGUCCUGUACCCACACCUCACGGUUUGGGAGACUCUCUUCUUCACAGCACUUCUACGGCUACCAAGCACCUUGAGCAGAGACGAGAAGGCCGAGCAUGUGGACCGAGUUAUCGCUGAACUAGGACUGACUCGGUGUACAAACAGCAUGAUAGGAGGACCACUGUUCAGAGGAAUAUCAGGAGGGGAGAAGAAAAGAGUUAGCAUUGGUCAAGAAAUGCUGAUCAAUCCUAGCUUGCUUCUUCUUGAUGAACCCACUUCAGGUCUUGAUUCCACCACUGCGCAUCGCAUUGUGACCACAAUCAAACGGCUGGCUUCUGGAGGAAGAACAGUCGUCACCACCAUUCAUCAGCCAUCGAGCCGCAUAUACCAUAUGUUUGACAAGGUGGUUUUGCUGUCUGAAGGAAGUCCUAUCUACUAUGGCUCUGCAUCUUCUGCUGUGGAAUAUUUCAGCUCUGUUGGAUUCUCCACUUCCAUGACAGUUAAUCCAGCUGAUCUUUUACUUGACCUUGCAAACGGAAUCCCACCUGAUUCUCAGAAGGAGACAACAGAACAAGAACAGAAGACAGUAAAAGAAACCCUUGUUUCAGCUUAUGAGAAGAACAUUUCUGCUAAACUGAAAGCUGAACUCUGCAAUGCGGAUUCCCAUAGCUAUGAGUACACCAAAGCUGCUGCAAAAAAUCUCAAGUCAGAACAAUGGUGCACAACUUGGUGGUACCAGUUCACCGUAUUGCUCCAAAGAGGUGUCAGAGAGAGGAGAUUCGAAUCUUUCAACAAGCUCAGGAUUUUCCAAGUCAUCAGCGUUGCUUUUCUUGGUGGACUUCUAUGGUGGCAUACUCCAAAAUCUCACAUCCAAGAUAGAACGGCCUUGCUCUUCUUCUUCUCUGUCUUUUGGGGAUUCUACCCGCUAUACAACGCGGUUUUCACAUUCCCACAAGAGAAAAGAAUGCUCAUCAAGGAGCGGUCUUCCGGAAUGUACCGUCUUUCCUCCUAUUUCAUGGCUAGAAACGUUGGAGACCUGCCCUUGGAACUCGCCCUUCCAACUGCUUUCGUGUUCAUAAUCUACUGGAUGGGUGGGCUCAAACCUGACCCCACAACGUUUAUCCUCUCACUACUGGUUGUUCUCUAUUCCGUACUUGUUGCUCAAGGUCUUGGCUUAGCCUUUGGUGCCCUGCUAAUGAACAUCAAGCAAGCCACAACGUUAGCAUCUGUCACCACACUCGUGUUCCUCAUAGCUGGAGGCUACUACGUGCAGCAAAUCCCUUACUUCAUCGUGUGGCUCAAGUACUUAAGCUAUAGCUACUACUGCUACAAGCUGCUUUUGGGUAUUCAGUACACUGAUGACGACUACUACGAGUGCUCAAAGGGAGUCUGGUGCAGAGUUGGAGAUUUCCCAGCGAUCAAAUCAAUGGGACUGAACAAUUUAUGGAUAGAUGUGUUCGUUAUGGGAGUGAUGCUGGUCGGUUACAGGCUCAUAGCGUACAUGGCACUGCAUCGUGUGAAGUUGAGGUAA